GUACAAACUCUACCGUACUCACGCGCGUACUCACUUUACACUCUAUUCUGACAGUUGUAGCUUGUAACAAACUCUCCCUCGCUCCACCACCCUCCCUGUUUUUACUAUAUACAGCACACAGACACAGAGCUAUCGAGUACACACAUCCACUACGAUCAAACGCAAACCCUCUCUCUCUCUCUCUCCCUCUCUCUCUCUCCCUCUCCCUCCCUCCCUCUCGCUCUCUCUCAAUGUCUUCAUCAUCAUCACCAACAUGGACGGUGAGCCUACCGCCAAAUCCACCACCGCCGCCGCCGAUACCUUUACCGGUGAUACCGAAGAUUACCUCGAUGAUGACGACUGUUAUGAUGCCGCCGGCGAUAACAUUACCGGACGCAAUGAAGACAGGUGCUUCGCUGUACGUGGGAGAUUUGGACCCGGAGGUGACGCAGAUGGAUCUCACGCGACUGUUUGCUAGAGUCGGUCCGUUGGACUCUGUUCGUCUCUGUAGAAACAGGGAUUAUCCUUUCAAAUCUCUCUGCUAUGCUUAUGUCAACUUCAUCUUCCCCUGCCACGCUUCUGAAGCUUUGAAUGCUCUCAAUUACUACAAGUUGAAGGGGAAGUCUAUGAGGAUAAUGUGGUGCCAGAGGGAUCCUUUUACAAGAAAGAAUGGUGUUGCCAAUCUCUAUGUCAAGAACCUUGACUCUUCGAUCACCAAUGCCGGCUUGCACACCAUUUUCUCCAAAUAUGGAACUAUACUUUCUUGCAAGGUGGCUGAGGAAUAUGGCAAGAGUAAGGGCUUUGGAUUCGUGCAAUUUGAUUCUGAGGAUGCCGCUUUGUCUGCUAUAGCUGCUCUUCAUCAAACAUUUGUUGAGGGAAAGCAAUUAUAUGUGUCCAAGUUCUUAAAGAAGAGCGAGAGGGAGAAAGCAUGUGAAGAAUCAAAUUUCACAAAUCUGUAUGUGAACAAUCUUAGUGAAGACGUUACAGAGGAUGUCCUGAGAGAGAGGUUCUCAGAAUGUGGGAGCAUCUCCAGUGUGGUAAUUAUGAAGGACAGUGCUGGGAUAUCAAAAGGAUAUGGGUUUGUUGAUUUCAAUUCACAUGAAGAUGCUAAGAAGGCAAUGGAGACUCUGAAUGGUUCAGUCAUUGGAUCAAAUAAGCUGUAUGUAGGGAAGGCUCAGAGGAAAGCUGAAAGGAAAGAUCACUUGGUAUAUACUAAUAAAGAUUUGCUUAACUACCACACUCAAAAACUGAAGGCCUCAAAUCUAUUUGUGAAGAAUCUCAAUAUAUCCAUCGAUGACAGAAAAUUAGAACAAAUCUUUGGUGCUUAUGGAAAGGUGACUUCAGCAAGAGUGAUGCGUCAUGACAAUGGGUUUAGUAAGGGAUUUGGAUUUGUAAACUUCUCUACUGCGGAAGACGCAAUGACAGCGGUUGAUUCACUAAAUGGAAAUGUUGUGGAAGGAAUGUGUCUUCAUGUGACUGUUGCUCGGUGUCGGGAAGAAUACAGAAAGAAUUGGCAAGAUUGUUUUGCACUCCUUCCCCAGUCUCUUUAUACUCCCAAUUGCAGUGUUUUUCCUUCUUCAUUCCUUCCAUACAGCUACACUGCCCCCUUUCUUUCUACUGCUGUCCCUGCAUCACACAUGAACUCAAGCCAGAAUAACACCAAUCAGUAUGACACAUCAUCAUGUACCUAUGCAGCACACAGUUACCAGGGAAGCUAUCCCACAGAUAUGCCAGUGAGACAAUUUCAACAGGUGACAACUACCAAAAAGGUUUCAACUAACCCGCAUUAUCCCGGGCCUGUUGCUAAGGUAACUGCAAUGCAUCUGGAAAAGAGCAAGUCUGGUACUCAGAAGAUGUUUCUCUCACACAGCUCCUUGGUUGCUGAAGUUGGAAAAGCUGUUAAAGUACGAGAUGUCUAUGCUCAGGCUAGUACCUACAGUGGUGCCAAGCCAGCCAAGUUUGCUCGUUGUUUGAACUACUGACCUAGCCACAAUAUAUGAUUCGGUCCUUGCCAAUGUCCACCUGUGACAGAACUGUAGAUCCUGUAUAUCCCCCCCCCCCCCCCCCCCCCCCCCUCUCUUGGAAUUACUACCCUUAAAUGCUAGUACUGUUUUCUUGGCAACGUGAUAUACAAAACUUUUAUGUCAAAACCUAAACAUUCUGCUGCUAUGGUAAUUGCAUCUGAUAUCAGGUUCUGUAUUAGGCUGUUA